GUAAUCAACCUACCCUCAAAACUUCAAUUCUUCGCCAUGGAUCACAAAUCAGUUUCGUCUCGAGUACGAGACCUCGCCAAGUUUCUAUCAACAGUCAAAGGCGACCUCUCCAACAUCACCGGCCCGCCGCACCUCCUGGCCCCGUCCUCCGUCGUCGAAGUAGGCCACUGCUGGGCCCAACGGCCCUCCGUCUUCGCCGCGCCCUCGCUCGAGUCCGACCCCGAAAAGCGCAUGCUCCUCGUCCUGCGCUGGUUCCUCAUCGCCUUGCGCAGCCAGCUCUACAUCGGCUCUACCGGUUCCAAGAGCAGCAGCAUCCGCAAACCGCUCAACGCCUUCUUGGGCGAGCUCUUCUUGGCGUCCUGGACCGACGCCGAGAAGAAAUGCAACACCACGCUCGUCUCGGAGCAAGUCAGCCACCACCCGCCCAUCACCGCCAUGCACGUCAGCGACGCCGAGCACGGCAUCCGCUCGACGGGGUACGCGCGCGUCGAAAUGACGUUCAAUGGCACCGUCAACAUCCGCCAGGUCGGCAACGCCGUGCUGCAUAUCGAUCGGUUUGACGAGGAUUACUUGAUUCCGCUGCUGGACGCCAAAGUCCGCGGCAUCCUGUCCGGGUGCAUGUACCCGGAGGUGCUGGGCACGUAUUCCAUUAUCGGCAGCAGCGGAUACCAGGCCGAGGUCCGGUUCACGGGCGAGGGCAUGAUUCGGGGGAAGCGCAACUCGUUUGAAGCGCGGGUGUUUCAUAGAGAUGAUCCCUCGAAACAGACGCUGUAUGAAAUCAAGGGGUGCUGGAGCGAAGGAGGGUGGACGGUGCGCGAUCCGCGCAUGGGCGAGACGGUGGAGGUGUAUGAUAUUGAUGCGCCCGAGAACCAACCGGUGCCGAUUGUGGUUGAUUCACUGGCCGAGCAGGACCCGUGGGAGUCGAGGAGGGCAUGGGAGGGCGUGUUUAGGGGCAUGGCGGAGGGGGAUAUGCGCAUGGUGUUGAAUGAGAAGACGAGGAUCGAGCAGGCGCAGAGGAGGAUGAGGGUUGAGGAGAAGGAGAGGGGGAUAGUGUGGGAGCCUCUGUUCUUCAAGAGCGUACAGCCCGAGGAGCAUGAGGUCUUUCAUCGGUUAACGGAGGGGACGGGGCUGAAGUUGCUUAGUGAACGGACGAAGGGGGUGUGGAAGCCGGAUUUGGAGAGGAUCAAGAAAGCGCAGAGGCCAUUUAGGCUGGGUGUUACACCUUUGGGGUACUGUUGAUUGUGUGGGGCAUUCAUUUGGAGCAUGUUCAUGGUUUG